AUGUGUCAUUUCAUAUGGUAUGACAACGAAUGUUCCGAUUGCGGACUCUAUUUCGACCGCAGGCUGACUAGAUGCAAAGACAUCAACGCAUGGGGUUUACGACUUGCUUGCGACAAAACGUAUAUAAGAGCUAACCAGCCGAACUUCAGAUGCCAAAACUGCACAUCUCUGGAAACUCCAUGGAGAAAGGUCGCGUUCUUGGUGGACGCCAAUGAAGUGGACUACUACAGUGAUGAUCCAAACGACAAAGACUACAUAGAUGGUAAUUCUGAGAAGAACUCUGACUCUGAUGACAAGUCUGGCUCCUCUGAGGAUGAUGGUGAUAUGGAAUUCCAAGGGGAUAGUGGGAACUUAAAAAGGGAGCUGCAGAGUCCUACCGGCAAGGGGUGA